AUGUGGCUGCUGAGACAAGGGAAACACGAGAGUGAAAGAUACAAGGGAAUGAGAGUGGAAACGGCGUCCAAAAGCGGAAAACAGAUUGUGUUCACAGGACAUUCUUCAGGAGGAGCAACUGCAAUCUUAGCAACAGUUUGGUAUUUGCAGAAYCACUUCAUAACGAAUCCGAAUGGUCUCCCUGAACCUCGUUGUGUGACAUUUGGAGCUCCUUUGCUCGGUGACUAUGUCUUCAAGCACGCGCUUGGGAGAGAGAAAUGGAGCCGGUUCUUCACCAACUUCGUCACAAGAUUCGAUAUUGUCCCUCGGAUUAUGCUUGCUCAAAAGGCUUCAGUACAAACUCUGCCUCGUGUUCUUUCCCAACUUAGUCGGACAAGAGAUUCGAUUCAAGAAAACGACCCAGUUAUUGCUAAUGAAAAUGACUUCGGUUCAUUGGUUUAUGCCACUCUCAUGGUCUUAGAGAGAAGAAUUGUGCAUUUAGCCCUUUCUAAUCAAGACUGA